AUGGCGGAGAUCGCCGUCGGCGUCUCCUCCCCGCGCGCCUCCGUCGCGGCCGCCGCCGCCGCAGCGGCUGCGUCGGCCUCCGCCGGCCCGGCGGUGCUGUCCUCCCCGCGCGCCGCGCUAAGCCGGGGCACGCACCAGUUCCACCACCGGCGGUGGGCGCCGCCGACGAUCUCGCCGUCCUACAGGGCGUACCUGGUCGCGCUCUGGCUCGUCGGCUUCGUGCUCGUCUUCCUGUGGCAGAACACCUCCAUGGGCCGCCUGCGGCUCUACAACCGGCCGCCCAUGCCCAAGCGCGCGCCGUCUGCCGCUGCAUCGAUGGGCCAGUGGGUGGCCUCGCCGCCGGUGUACGACUUGAAGGAGUUUGGGGGCAUCGGGGACGGGCGCACGCUCAACACGGCUGCCUUCGAGGCCGCAGUGGCAGCCAUCUCGGAGAGGGGCGGCGGGAGGCUCACCGUGCCUGCCGGCCGGUGGCUCACCGCGCCGUUUAACCUCACCAGCCACAUGACGCUCUUCCUCGCUGCUGGCGCUGAGAUCCUCGGGGUCCAGGAUGAAAGAUACUGGCCAUUGAUGUCUCCAUUACCAUCAUAUGGAUAUGGAAGAGAGCACAAGGGACCUCGAUAUGGGAGUCUCAUACAUGGUCAAGACCUGAAGGAUGUGAUUAUAACCGGUCAUAAUGGCACUAUAAAUGGGCAAGGCCAAAGUUGGUGGAUCAAAUUUCGCAAGAAACUCCUCAAUCACACCAGGGGUCCUCUUGUUCAGCUCAUGCGGUCAAGUAACAUUACUAUUUCUGACAUCACAUUACGUGAUUCUCCCUUCUGGACACUUCAUCUAUAUGACUGCAAGGAUGUCACAGUCUCGGGAACUACUAUUCUGGCUCCAAUUGCUGGGGCUCCAAACACCGAUGGGAUAGAUCCAGAUUCUUGUGAGAAUGUGAUGAUUGAAAAUUGCUAUAUUUCUGUUGGUGAUGACGGGGUAGCUAUAAAGAGUGGUUGGGAUCAAUAUGGAAUUGCUUAUGGGCGUCCGUCUACUAACAUCACUAUUCGCAAUGUCAUAAUCCGCUCCAUGGUCAGUGCUGGCGUGUCUAUAGGAAGCGAGAUGUCUGGUGGUGUCUCAAACGUUUUGGUAGAGAACGUCCACAUUUGGAGUUCGCGGCGAGGUGUGAGGAUAAAGACUGCCCCUGGAAGAGGGGCCUAUGUAAACAACAUCGUCUACAGAAACAUAACCCUAGAAAAUGUCCGUGUUGGCAUCGUGAUAAAGACCGACUAUAAUGAACACCCAGAUGAACGGUUUGACCCGAAGGCAGUUCCCGUUGUCGGCAACAUCUCGUAUACGUCAAUCCAUGGGCAAAGGGUGCGGGUACCCGUCAGGAUACAAGGGAGCGCAGAGAUCCCCGUGAGGAAUGUUACUUUCCAUGAUAUGUCGGUUGGCAUACUUGACAAGAAGCACCAUGUUUUCCAGUGCUCCUUCGUCCAGGGGCAGGUCAUCGGCUAUGUUUUCCCUGUGCCCUGCAAGAACCUGGACCUGUACAAUGAGCGGCGCGAGAUGGUUAAACAAUCGACACUGCAGAACAUUUCAGAUAUCGACUACAGUUUCUGA